CGUUAGUUACCCUCGUCAGAGCUGAAGUGAGUUAGUGAUAACAAUGCGUGGACUUCAAGUUUGCUUGUUUGCGGUCAUGUGCGUCGCGGCUAAGGCGGGCUACAUUAGUUACGCAAAUUUCGGAGGCUACCCUGGAUACGCCGGCUACAGCGGGUACAAUGAUUAUGGUGGCCAUAGCGAACAUUACGCGUACCCCAGGUAUUCAUACGACUACUCGGUUAAGGACCCUCAUACUGGUGAUUUCAAAACCAAAUGGGAAACGCGCGAUGGGGAUGUAGUUAAAGGUGCCUACUCCGUGGCGGACCCUGACGGCACCACGCGCAUAGUGGAGUACACAGCUGACAAGCACAAUGGUUUCAAUGCGGUUGUCAAGCGAAUAGGCCACGCGUACCACCCGCAAGUUUAUCACAAUAACUACCACACUGGUUACUACGGAUACCACUAGAUGGCGCUGCGCAUAGACGUUCCAACGCCUACCAACAGAUGGCAGGAGGAGGCAAUGAAGCUGUGAUAUUGCGCGAGAGUGUAAAUAAUUACCUAUAUAUUUCAAAAAAAAUCUGAAAACAGUAUGAACUAUGAAGUAGUAUUAUGUUGUGUUAUACAAUAUUAACAUGUUUAUAGACUUGU